AACUCUAUUGUGAUCAAAAUGGCGUCGUGUUCUUGUUGAUUGUAUACCGGGUGGCGUGUGUUGUCAAAUUUUAUAGCAAGGUUUUUUAAAUUUACUAUAUCUCACUGAAAAUGGUUGAAAACAACGAAGUCGAACUUUCAGAAGCCGAAGCAGAACAAUAUGAUCGCCAAAUUCGUCUGUGGGGAUUGGAAUCGCAGAAAAGAUUACGCGCUUCCAAAGUGCUCAUCAUCGGGUUAUGCGGCUUGGGAGCAGAAACCGCGAAAAACAUUAUUUUGUCUGGUGUAAAAAGUGUUUGUUUACUUGACAACGAGAAACUCAAAGAAAUCGAUUUGUACUCUCAGUUCUUAACACCUCCAGAUAAAGUAGGGGAAAACAGAGCUGAGGCUUCAUUACAAAGAGCACGGGCACUGAAUCCUAUGGUGGAUGUAACUGCAGAAACUAGAGCUGUCGAUGAUUUGCCAGAUGAAUAUUUCACUACUUUUGAUAUAGUGUGUGCUACUGGAUUAAAACAGGAACAGCUAGAACGCAUCAACAAUGUAUGUCGAGACAGUAAUAAAAAGUUCUUAUGUGGCGAUGUUUGGGGCAUGUUCGGAUAUAUGUUCGCCGAUCUCGUUGAUCAUGAAUACUCUGAGGAGAUAGUACAACACAAAGCCGUGAAACGUGGCCCAGAUGAUACAGAAAAGAAUGCAAGAGAAACUGUCAGUAUCACAGUAAAACGUCGAGCUAUCUAUGUGCCACUUCAAAAUGCACUUUCAGCCGAUUGGAGGAGGCCAGAACUACGUUCUAGGUUGCGACGUGGCGACCCGUCUUAUUUCGUGUUAAAAAUUCUACUUAGAUUCAGGGAUGAGUAUAAUAGGAACCCAGAUCCAGCCAAAAGAAAAUCGGACACUGAAACACUAUUGCGUAUGAGAGAUGAACUUGUUAAAGAAUUAUCACUGCCUGCUGGAUUCAUAAGUGAUGACCUCCUCACAGAUGUGUAUGGAAUUGUUGCUGGAGCAGCUGCAGUAGUUGGAGGUGUGAUCGGCCAAGAGGUAGUGAAGGCAGUGAGCCAGAGAGAACCACCACACAACAACAUGUUUUUCUUUAAUCCUGUGAAAUGUGUUGGUUUUGUAGAACUUUAUGGGCAGUAAGAUAUGAUCUGUAUGUAAUGUCUAAGUUUAAAAAUGUGAAAUUAAAAAACUUUAAGAACAA